UCAUCGGCGGCUGGCCAACGACAACGACCUAAAACGUCUUCCAAAACACUUCCCGAGAAUAUCGUCCGAGAACACAUCGUGCACUUGAUUAAAAACAUCACGAUUCUUAUAGUGUGAGACACACACUCAUAUCUAUCCUCUUCACAUAUUGCACUUGUAUUACCAUCUAUCAAGGGUAUAGAUCAUAUUGAAAAAGCUUCAAUAUGCCGGCGGUGCAAAUCAACAAGCCUAAGGUAGAAAAACGCAAACAGAUCAGUGUCAAGUCCAUUGCGGAUGUUGAGGAUGUGGUGGCCAUGAAGAAAACUUUCAACCGGCACCUGCACUUCACACUAGUCAAGGAUAGGAAUGUAGCCACAAUCCGGGAUUAUUAUUAUGCGCUGGCGCACUCGGUCCGAGACAGCCUAGUGUCCCGGUGGAUCCGGACACAACAGCACCAUUAUGCAGUCAACCCGAAGCGUGUUUAUUAUUUGUCUUUGGAGUUCUUGGUUGGUCGUUCUCUCCAGAACACUAUGAUCAACCUCGGUAUUCAAAGUAGUGUUGAUGAAGCAUUGUAUCAAAUGGGAUUAGAUAUCGAAGAAUUGGAAGAUCUUGAGGAGGACGCCGGUCUGGGAAACGGUGGUCUAGGUCGUCUGGCUGCUUGUUUUCUAGACUCCAUGGCCACUUUAGGUCUAGCAGCUUAUGGUUACGGUUUGAGAUACGAGUAUGGUAUAUUUGCUCAGAAGAUAGUUAACGGUGAACAGAUUGAAGAACCAGACGAUUGGCUCAGAUUUGGAAACCCGUGGGAAAAAGCUAGACCCGAGUAUAUGUUACCAAUUCAUUUCUUUGGAAAGGUAGUAGACACACCGACCGGCAAAAAGUGGAUCGACACUCAAGUUGUGUUCGCGAUGCCGUAUGAUAGUCCAGUACCUGGAUAUCAGAACAACAUCGUUAACACUAUGCGAUUGUGGUCUGCAAAAUCUCCAGUCGAAUUCAACUUAAAGUUUUUCAACGACGGUGAUUAUAUUCAAGCUGUUCUCGAUAGAAAUUUAGCUGAAAAUAUAACUCGUGUUUUGUAUCCCAACGACAAUGUAUUCGAAGGCAAAGAGUUGCGUUUGAAACAGGAAUAUUUCAUGUGUUCCGCUACGCUCCAAGACAUUAUCCGAAGGUUUAAAGCGACGAAAAAAGGUGAACUGCGAACCGACUUUAACUAUUUCCCAGACAAAGUGGCUUUGCAGUUGAACGAUACUCAUCCGGCAUUAGCCAUCCCAGAGUUGAUGAGAAUCCUCAUAGACAUCGAAGGUCUAUCGUGGGAAGCCGCUUGGGACAUCACCGUCAAAACUUGCGCUUACACCAAUCACACUGUAUUGCCCGAAGCAUUGGAACGUUGGUCAGUGUCAUUGAUGAGCAGUAUAUUGCCGAGACACAUGCAAAUCAUUUACGAAAUCAAUUUCCUACACUUGCAAGAAGUACAAAAACGUUGGCCAAACGACAAUUCGCGCCUGAAGAGAAUGUCAUUGAUCGAAGAAGACGGAGACAAGAGAGUAAACAUGGCUCACUUAUCUAUUGUCGGAUCUCAUGCUGUCAAUGGCGUAGCUCGUAUUCAUUCAGACAUCAUCAAGAAUGACUUGUUCAGGGACUUUUACGAACUGUCACCAGAAAAGUUCCAAAACAAAACCAAUGGUAUUACACCACGUAGAUGGUUACUUCUCUGCAACCCCAAUUUAUCAGAUAUCAUUGGAGAGAGAAUCGGUGAUAAUUGGAUCACGCAUUUGGACGAGCUGACAAAUUUAAACCAACUUGUAAACGAUCAAAGCUUUAUUCUAGAUGUACAAAAAGUCAAACAAGAAAACAAAAUGAAAUUAGCUCAUUGGUUGGAAUCCGAGUACAAUGUCAAAAUCAAUGUUAACUCGAUGUUUGAUAUUCAGGUGAAGAGAAUCCACGAAUAUAAGAGACAACUUUUGAAUUGCCUGCACAUUAUCACCAUGUACAACAGAAUCAAGAAAAACCCAGAUAAAGAAUUUGUACCUAGAACAGUUAUGAUCGGUGGAAAGGCCGCCCCGGGUUACUACAUGGCCAAAAAAAUUAUUAAGCUCAUCAAUUAUGUUGGCAACAUAGUCAAUAACGACCCAGAGGUCGGAGACCGUCUGAAGGUGUUGUACUUGGAAAACUAUCGAGUGACUUUUGCUGAGAAAAUCAUGCCGGCAGCGGACCUUAGCGAGCAGAUAUCUACUGCGGGAACUGAAGCGUCUGGAACUGGCAACAUGAAAUUCAUGUUAAACGGUGCACUCACCAUCGGUACGUUGGACGGUGCUAAUGUGGAAAUGGCCGAGGAGAUGGGAUCUGAAAACAUUUUUAUUUUCGGGAUGAAUGUCGACGAAGUUGAAUUGUUGAAGAGAAAAGGCUAUAAUGCUCAUUCGUACUACGAAUCAAUACCCGAACUCAAACAAUGCGUAGACCAAAUCCAAAAUGGAUAUUUCAGCCCCAAUAACCACGACGAGUUUAAGGACAUCGUUGACGUUCUCCUCAAAUGGGACAGAUUUUUCCUGUUGGCCGACUACCAAGAUUAUAUUAGAGCUCAGGAUAAAGUCAACGAAACUUACAUGGAUCAGACCAAAUGGACACGCAUGUGCAUCCGUAACAUCGCGUCGUCUGGAAAAUUCUCGUCCGACCGCACGAUCACUGAGUACGCCAGAGAGAUUUGGGGCGUAGAGCCAUCAUGGGAGAAAUUGCCGGCUCCACAUGAACGUAUUGCAGAUCUCCCGAAGCAGUCGUAAUAAUAUACUAUGUCGAUGAUGAUAGUAGUAUACUUGCAGAAACAUAAUAUUUAAUAUUUUAAUAUAAUAUAUUUAAUAUUUAUAAUAGGUACGCUUACGUGCAUAUACGGUUUUAAAGUUGGAAAUUUUUUUCUUUUCAACAAUUAAGCAAAAAAUAAUACCUAAUAUA